CUUGCGGCCAAGUGAUUAUUUCCGCGGGAAAGAGGAAAAAUGACUUCUGUGUCGGCCGGAGAUCUUGUGGAUGAAUUCGAAUGUUUUGGUGUUGAACUGAGCAUUGAUGACGAUGAUAUAAUCGACAAAUUGAAGGGUUUCUGCUCGAUCUACCGAUUGGAUGCCAGUGACCUGAGCUCUGAAUGGAUUGCGUUUGUCCACAGUAGGAAAGCUGGUCCGAAGAACAUCAGUGCUGAGUUGUUAGAUGUCUUUGAAAGGGAGCGUUUAAACAAGAAAAUAUCCAAAUUACCCAAGACACCAAAAGUAAAGAAGGAAGGAAGCAGUGUGAUUUAUGACUUGGAGACUCUCCCUGAGGCUGUGCACAGUGAAGAGCAGGGGGAUGGGUUACUGGACACGUACUCCACUCCAUCUUUUAAGGGCGGACAAAAUAAAAAGCGACAGUUAACACCAGAUAAUCUACCAAUCAAACGUCUAACAGGAAAAGGCAGAAGCCCUGUAGUGCCAUUUUCUCCCGCCAGUUUUUCACCAGCCAACGCCACACCAUCACGCAAAUAUGGUUCCCGCACCACAGCCGGUGAUGUUGUGGCUAGUUACGGAAAUGCUGACAAAGUGAGCUGGAAGCGUGAGGCAGAGAACACAGCGUCGAUUACCCCAUGGGAUCUCACAGAUAUGCUGGACAAACCCUACAAGUUCAUGUUCCAGAAGCUGGCAGACAAAGCUCAUGUGCUAAAUGAUGGGGUAGAGGAGCUGGCACAGUACCUUCAGACUCACCACAAGAUAGAGGAGUUCUCACAUGUGGCAUUGCCUGUACAGGAUGAAGUGACUGUGUGUGGUAGAAUCUGCUGUGAUAGUCAAGGUAAACUCAAUGCCAAGUCUGUGGUACUGGAGGGCUCCAGGGAAACUUCGGCAGGCAGGUGUAUACCCAUUGACCUCUCCGAGCUCAAAGAGUAUUCACUGUUUCCUGGCCAGGUUGUGGCUUUUGAUGGUAUAAAUAUCACAGGCCAGAAGUUUGUGACCAGAAAACUUCACAAGGGAGUGCCCCCACCCCAGCCUGAGAAAGCUGUCAAGAUUGAAGCUGAUGAGGUUGUGAAUGUUAUGGUGGCCACUGGCCCGUUCUCCACAUCAGAUAACAUGAUGUAUGAACCCUUGGGAGACCUGUACAAGUAUUUACAGAGAGACCAGCCACACCUACUCAUACUGAUGGGUCCAUUUGUUGAUUCUAAGAAUGAAGAAGUUGAGAAAGGAACUUUGGAAACCACUUUUGAAGAAGUUUUCCAAAGGAAAAUGGAUGAAAUAAGCAUUCUGACGCAAAGAAUACAGUGUGAAGUUGUAGUCGUUCCCUCACAAAGAGAUGUUCACCAUGACUAUGUGUACCCACAGCCACCAUUCAGAAUGAACUCAAAGCACAAACACGUGAGGUUUGUGAGUGACCCAUGCACACUGAGGGUGAACAACACAGUCAUAGGUCUCACUUCCACAGAUGUAUUGUUACACCUGAGUGGAGAAGAAAUCUCUGGACCUUCAGGUUCCUCAGACAGACUGGGCAGAUUAGCCAAGCACUUGCUCACUCAACACAGUUAUUACCCGCUGAAUCCUCCGUCAGAGGAAGUGAACAUUGACUAUGACAAACUUGAGCUGUAUGCCAGGCUUCCCGUCAACCCACAUGUACUGCUGGUGCCCUCUGACCUUCGGUACUUCAUUAAGGAUAUUGAUGGAUGUUGUUGUGUGAACCCGGGGCGACUAGCUAAAGGUCAUACGGGAGGCACGUACGCCCGCCUACGACUGCAGCCCUCUGACAAGACCGACAGUCGUGGUGUAGAGGUCUCUGGUCAAGUGAUACGAGUGUGAGGCUUAUAUGUGCAGCUCCCUGAGGAUUGAGUCAAGACUUCAGUUAAAUCAUUAAAUCGGCUUGUUUACAACUGAGACAUUAGCAUACAGAAGACACUGAUGUUUAAUGGAGACAUCUGUGAACAAGAGGUCAUAAUGUACAACAUAAUCACAAUGGACAGAGUACAUGUACCUAGGCAGAGAGAUUUUCUGCUCUGUGUAAUACCCCCUCAGUUUGCCAUCAGAAUUACCCCUGCUGCAGUCAGUGCAUCGUACAGUGUAGAUAGAAGCAGUUGCCCAGUCCUGGUUUACAGUCUGUUCACAAAGUGCAUCAACACUGGUGCCUGCCAGUAAUGUAUAUGUGAUUAACCCUUGAGAAAAGCAUGCAAUUCUCUGCUUGACGGCAAAACAGUUACAUACUGUUGACAUGCAUGGCGUACAACUGUACUACCUAAAACUGAACAGUGAAUGCUGUUCAAAGCUGAUUAAAUCACUGUCAAUGUUCCAGGUCACACAUGUGUUCUACUGUUUACCUCUGCCUAUAUGUAACUCCGUAACAACUUAUUACAGUUCUGUAAACAUGCCUGCAACAUUACCCUGGACAACAGGCACAGACAAAAUUAUACAGUAGGAAGCUGAUGCUGGCUUAUUUAGGAAGUAGACUGAAUGCCAUAAUAACCUCUGCCAAUGAGGAUUCACAGCUAAAUCUGGUGAAAAGAGGAUAAAUAUAAUGAUUUAGGUGUUGUAUAAUGUAAUUUCAUGAUUCAUUGCAUGUAAUAUGUGGGACAAUGUGAGCCCAGAAAUACAGGCGAGCCCAAAAAUACAGGUGAUCCAUGAUAUGAGAAAUAUAUCAAGGUGCACCAUACAUGAACCAACAGCGGGCUCAUUUUCCUUGGUUUGAUGAACAACUGUAUUGUGGUCACUAUCAAUCAGUUUACAUCAGUCAUCUUGAUCAUCGUCUUGAUAUAAACAUUUGCAUAUUACUGUCAGAAUUAUUUAUGCUCUGAAUGU